CUGCGAGCAGAACCGGGUUUCUUCCCACACCGGCGGGUCCAGGCCCAAUCUACUAAGGAUGGGGGCUCCGGGUGCCAGGCGAUGCGUGGAGUUGCUGAUGGGCGUCUACUUCCUCACCCAUAUUCCCAUCACUGUGUUCUUGGACCUGCAGGCGGUGCUGCCACGCGAACUCUAUCCGGACGAGCUGAGAAACCUCCUGAAGUGGUAUGCCAAGGAAUUCAAAGAUCCUCUGCUGCAGGCUCCCCCUGUGUGGUUUAAGUCUUUCUUGUUCUGCGAGCUCUUAUUUCAGCUGCCUUUCUUUCCCAUUGCAACAUAUGCCUUCUUUAAAGGAAGCUGCAAGUGGAUCCGAACCCCUGCAAUCAUCUACUCUGUUCACACCAUGACAACUUUAGUUCCGAUUCUCUUCACCCUUUUAUUUGAGAAUUUCUCCAAAGCCAGUGGUUUCAAAGGACCUGAGACUUUGCAUGAACGAUUGACCCUUGUGACUGUCUAUGUCCCUUACUUACUCAUCCCUUUCAUACUUCUGCUUUUCAUGUUGCGGAGCCCCUACUACAAGUUUGAAAAAAGAAAAAAGAAAUGAAGAAAACAACCACUGGCCCAGGGAAGAGAAACCCAUGGGCAGGUGCCUGCUGGACUCAGUACAAGGAAACCUGCUCCAAAUCCAUGUCUUCAGCAGCAUUUGAAACAUACAGGCAGCAGUACACAAGAGCAAGACGGUGGCAGAAGCCACAUCAAACCCUUACCCCUCAAGGGCACUGGGAUGAAAAGACUGAUCAGCUGGAGGUGGGCAGAAGGUGUGGGCUAGG